AUGGGAAAAAAGACUGUUUUGAUUCUUACAUUUAUUAGUUAUGCCUAAAUGCAUGCAGCCAGAACUCUAUGGUCAUACAUGCAAAAAUAUUUAACCAUAGAUAACUAUGAUAAAAAUAAAAUGGGAUAGGCAUAUUUAACAUUCCUAUUAACAUAUGGCAUUGGUAUGAAUACAAUAGGUCCUAUGUGUUGUAAAAACAGUUUGAAGCAUUCUAUUGGAAUUAGUUGUAUGGCAGUUGGUAUGUUGUUUGCAAUCCUUGGGAUAUUGCAGGAGUUUCAACUCUUAACUUUUCCAUUGGUCAUAAUAUUAAUGGCUAUAAAUGGUUUAAUACAAUCUGCAUGCUAUCCUGCAUGCGUAAAUGUAUUGGGAAAUUGGUUUAAAAAUCAUAAGGUAGGUUUAAUGAUGGGGUUAUGGUCAGGAUGUGUUAACGCGGGUGAUAUUUAUGGAUUAUUAAUUGGUGAUGUUGUCAUUCAAAGACUCGAAAUGCCAGUUUAUUGGGGCUUUUACUUUAUGUCAUGCUGUCUGAUUCUAGUUAGUGUAGCCACCUUGUCAUUUUUGUAAAGCGAACCUAGAAAUUAAAUUUAAGGUGUAAAUGAAUCGGAAUCUGCUCCUUUAAUUUUAAAAUAGAAAAAUAAAAGUUUAAAUGUUCUAUCAGCCUGGUUGGUUCCUGGAGUUGCCAUUUAUGCCGUAGGAUAUGCUUGUCUUAAAGGAACUUUCUAUGGAUUUUUAGAUUGGUUGCCCUUCUAUUUUUAAUAAAAGGGAGAGAAACUUGAGAAUCAUUCUUCAUAUAUUUCACAAAUGUUUGAUGUUGGCUGUUAUGUUGGUGGAAUAUUCUUAGGAUACUUGGGUGAUAAAUAUAAGCGACGUGCCUGUUAUUUUGUGCCAAGCUUGUUAUUGGCAAUGUGUUCUAUGUUGGUGAUUAAAUUCUGUUUGGAUUUGAUAGUCUGGCCAUAUUAUCUUUGCAUUUUGGCAAUAGGUAUCUUCCAGGGAGGACCAUACAAUAACAUUUCAGGAGUGAUUUCAAUUGAACUUACUAAAUAGUUUGAAAAUGAUAAGGCAGCGAUAUCAACUGUAUCCUCCUUGAUUGAAAGUACUGGAACUCUGACAGCCGCCAUGUUCUAGAUCAUCAUCCCAAGGAUCGGAGACGAACACUUAUUUACCUUUUUGUGUCUUAUAACAUUAUUAGCUGAAUUAGUUUGUUGCGUUCUUUUAUUCAGAGAAUUAAAAGCUAAAAGAAGAUCCAAAUGA